GUCGGUGGGGGGUUGCCAUGGUGGGGCACAGGUGUCGGGGGGCGAGAGGUGGGGGUGGGGAAUAAGAUGGUGGGUUGCCGGUGCCUGCUCCUUUGGAUGAUGUCAGUGGGAGGGCUCUUGCGUUUGUUGGGGACUGGGGGUGUUGUCUCUGCUUUCCUACUCGCUGGGAGGAGGGUUGCGGAGAAGGAAUUGGCGAAUGGCAUAGUGUUGUAUGGGGCUCUGUUGGUCCCGGAUAGCUUUCUCAGUCAUGGCGACGAUUUUCUCCGUCUCACGAUUUUGCUUAAGAGCUUGGUUGACAAUGUCCCGUGCAUAGGUCUUGAUGUUGGUUUGGGGUAUGUGGAGGCGGAUUUGCGUGAUGUCGUUGUAUAUGUGACCAAAAUGCAUGAUGACGUUCCAAAUGUUCCGACGGGGGCUGGGGAUGAUAUCGUGGACAAGAUUGUGCAGUUAUUGCUAUUGACAGUGGCUGCGGAACACGAUGGGCGGAUGGCAGGGUUAGUGGAGUGGGGGGCAAUUUUGGAUGAGCCACUGUCAGAUCGUUACUAUAUGCAUGGCGAGAUGAGGGCGGAUAUGUAGGUUGGCAUGUAGGGGGGAUUAGCACCGGGCUUGUGAUGGUUAGGAUUGUGAGGGAGAAUCGGCUAUCGGGUCGCGCAUGCCAUCAU